CACGAGAAUAGUAAAAAUAUUCACAAUCAGUUAACCUGUAGUUUUGUUCAACAAUGAUUUUUUUGCGUGGCUUCGUUUUUAUUGCAAUCUUAUGUACUGUUUCUGCUUUAUUUGAAAAUGGUCAUGGAGAUCUUCUGCGGACUAAAGGAAGAAAAAUAGUAGCAACAAAUUGGAAAUGGCGGCGAAAAUGGAAAAUGGACCAGGACCAUAGGCCACCCAGUGAAGCUCUAGAUGAAAGUCAGAAGGGGUGAUAACACACAACGACAAAAUGUGAGUAAGAAAUUUAGUCUAUUUUUAUCAAUAUGCUUCCUGUCGAUGUUUUUUUUUUAAAUAUGUAUUAUUAUUGAAUACCGAAUUUUUAUCUUUGCGAUAGAAGUUAAUUGAAUUUAUUUAAUUUAAUAAUUUAUUAAAGUAAUCAGAAAAGUAAUCAUUAAAACAAAUGUAAGAUUUAAGUUGUAACUUUAUUCUAAGUUGUAAAUUAACUAGUUGAGAUAAUGUAAAUUGUCAUUAGAAAAGUUCAGAUUAAAUUUUGGCGGAAAAUAAUGGAAGUAUUUGUUUAAGAAUAGACAAUAUCUUACAGUAAGUGUUAGUAUUAGGAAAAAAAGACACCUAAAAGUGAAAUUUUCUUUAGAUACCUAUCUAGCAAGAGACAUUAAUUUUUUUUACUAUUAAGUAUUGUAGUUAGUAAGGAGAAUAAUAAGAAGAUUGAAAUAUGUAGUAAAAGAUAUGAAUUAACUUUAAAGUAACGCUAAUUUUUUUUUAUUGAGUGAUAUAGUCAGUUAUUAGGAAGAUUACACAGAAGUUUAAUAAAUUUGAGAAUAUUAGAUAUUUGAUAGAUUCAAGAUAAUAUGUUAUAAUUAUUUAGAAUAGGUUUUAUUCACUGCUUGUGAGGUAAAAUAGUGAAGGGCAUUAAAAGACUAUAGUAAUUAAAAAGACAUAGAGACUCAAACAUUUAAUGAAAAAUAAAGAUUGAUACAAUAAAAUAAAGCGGUACAUAUAAUAGGUUUAAAAUAAUUUUGUAGGUAAAUUUAGGUUUGUAAAUAUUGUAAAAAAAUUACACUGGUAAACAGCAAAAAGUAAGAAAGAAAAAUGACUAAAGAUGAUUUUUUUUUAUAAAAGGGGAAAGUUGCUAAACUAAGGACAAGGACCACAACGCGUGGUAUUACCUUUAAAAAUAGAUGGCAAUCCUGCAAACUGAAGGUGAUUAAAAGUAAAUAGGAAACGGUAAAUUAAUCCAACGUCUUUAUUUCAUUUUACCGACUCCAGCCAACCCAGAGUUGGCGAUCUAGACCAGACGAAACUGAAGGAACUAGGAUGACAUUAGACGAAUAUGGGAGAAAAAACAUCCAAAGACGAGAUCCAGGACAACGGAGUCGUGAACAGCAACUUUGUGGUGACGAAUAAGGAUAUCAGACCGGAUGCAGAGCUAAAAAUAUUACUGUAUAUUAUCACCGCAGUCUUAAUUAAUAGGGUCUCACCACCUACUGAGGCUGUUAUGGUCCCUAUGGAAGGCAAACAGGAGAAAUAUGAAGAGAAGCAUACACUGUGGGAUACCAGCGAGAUCGACAAUGAAUUUAGAUGCUUAAGUGAAAUUUCUUUGAAAUGCACUGGAAAAGUUUAUAAGAAUGUAACUUUGACAUCUUACUAUCCGGAUUAUAAUGAUCAAGAUCACGAGCAUGGAUAUCAAGACAAACAGGGGAAAAAAUUAAGAACAUUGCAGGAUUACAUAGACAACAGAGCAGAUUUUGUUACCUUAGCUAUGGACGAGAUUAUAGGAAUUCCAUAUGGAACUAAAGUGUGCAUUCCAGAACUAAACCAACAUUUUGGCCACAGAAUUUUAAUCGAAGUCCGAGACACCUCCUAUGAUUUAUCUGGAAGUGGUUUUACCAGGGCUGAUAUUUGCGUUAGAAGUGAAGUUGAUAGUUAUGAUAAAAGUGUGAAUAGACUGGUUAAUUUGGUUUUCAUGUAAAUCAAAUAUUUGGAAAUUUGAGUAUUUAAAUCUUUUGAAAUUAAAA